AUGCCAUCGGAAAGUAACAUUUCUAUUGUAAAAUUAGAGGAACAAACAUCAACAUCUGACCUUAGUCUAAAUCGACCUGAAAAAAGAAAAUACAAAACCAACUACAAGGAAGAUUUAAAAGAACUUCUUUUGGAAUGUUCCAAUAAUUUACCAAUUGUAAUCGAGGAACAGGAAAACACAAAGCAAAAUGUACUUAAUGAAUUGUUAGAAAAAAUAUACGAAUUAUAUUCAGAAAUAAACGACAAAUACUAUAAUUUAAAACUCAUCAAAGAAAUAGAUAACUUUUUGAAUUCCAUUCGAAAUGGUGUUGACGAUGAACUAGAUAUGUAUACUUUGAGGGAGAUAUUUCUUAGCAAAAUACAUGAUCUUAAUAAGAAAACGAUGAAUAAUGACGUAAAAGCCACAAAACAUAAAAAUAAAUCAGGCGUAAUCAAGUCUAAAACAAACGAUACUGCAGUGAGUACUGCUGAUAUUAAAAAUAAAGUUGAAAGUUCGAGAGUGCAGUACAGCGAUACAAGCACCCAGAUCUCAUCUGUUGACAUACCCACAGAAGAAUCUAUGGAUAAAUAUGAUAAUGUUAACAAUAGAGAUAAGAAAUAUGUUGAUACUCAAAUUCAGAAUAUCUUAACAAAUAUUAUGCCUUUCUAUGAGAAUAUUUAUGAAGAUACAAUAUCGCAAGAGGAUGUAGAAAAAAAUGAUAGUAGUAAUAUUUUCAAACAAAAGAUAUUAGACUGGAUACUUGAAUUAAGAAAUGAAGGCACCAUUAAUUUAGAAAGUAAAAAUUUGCCAGUUUUGGUUGAGGAUUUCUGUAAUCACUUACAACCUAUAUUACAAACUAAAACUUACAUAUCUGACAGAAAGGGCUUAUUAAGAGGAGAAAUAUUGAAUUUUCUAAUGAAAAAUAUUGAUACAUCUUUAAGCAGUGCGAAUAUCGCACACUUGAACAAAUUAGCCGAAAGUUUAGUAAUAACUCUCUUAAUAGAAAAAAAUAACCGAAUGAUCCAGAGUGUAUUUAUCCAAAAUAGAAUAAAUAAAGAUUUCGGGAUUAGUAAUAAAGAAAAUAUGAUUUUUUUAAGAUUAAUUUAUGAUACCGUAGUAAAUGCUCUGGUAAAUCAUGGCAUUUACUCAGAUCGUCUGAUUAAUAAUAUGACCAAAUGUAUAUUUGAAAACACAGGGUCGAUUAACAUAAAUAGAAAUCAGCAUUUAAAAAAGCAACUGUCUACGACCUUAAAAUAUUCUACAGGAUUAUCUUAUGAUGUUGAUGCUAUAAUUGACGAUAUAAUGGACGAUAUUGUUACAAUAAAUAAUAAUUUUGAUUUGAAAGAGAAUAUUAAUGAACUAGGAUAUGAUAAUGUUAUUUCCGUUUAUAAAUCGGAACAUGAACUAAUGGGACAAUCAAAUCAUUCUAAUACUUUCACUAAUAGAAUGAGAUCGAGUAUUUUAAAGAAGAAGAACUCCAAAUUACAGCCUGGAGAAAAAAAGUAUACGAAAGAUAUAACAGCUGUAAUUAUAACUUGGUUAGAUACUUUGCCCGUCGAUUCACAUAUACCAAAAAAUAAAAAAAAUAGAGACACGUUUGUAAAUAGCCUCGCCACUGAUAUCUUAGAUCAAUUAAAAUUGAAUAAGUUAGCAGAAGUAAGCAAUGAAAAAGAUAAAUAUGUAUCUUUUUUUAUAUAUAGAUGGUUAAAUAGAUUAGAAUAUUUUGAAAAUAUUGAUGAAGCCAAACCAUUUGUAGAUAAGCUUGUACAAAUGUUAAAAGAUAUACCUGAGCCGUCUGGAAGAAAAUUUAAUAAAUGGCUAUCUCCUUCAAAUACAAAUAAUAACAGCUCAAGUUAUUCAGAAAAGAAAAUUAAAAAUGGAUUGAAAAUAUUGAAAGAUGAAAUUACAAGUUUGUUAAAUCUGUCACCAAAUAUGAUACUAGUUAAGGAUAAUACUAAGAAAACAAAACUAAUUAACGAUUUGGUACUUACAAUCCAGAACCUGAUAACAGAAAAACAAACUUUGAAUGAUAUUUCAAAAGCAAUAGACAUCUGGCUUAAAGAAAUAAUAAAUGCAGAAGAAAAACAAACAAUACUUGAACUUAGCAAAAAAAUUAUAGAAAGUGUGAAAAAAAUUGUUGGCAAUGACAAUUUAAAUGAUGUUAGUACAAGUAGCACUGAUAAUAAAAUGGAGGCAACAGAGAGCAUCUUAAAGGAUUAUAUAGCUAAGUACUUAGAGCAUAGCUAUGAUCCAGAAGAUUCAAUUGCUAGAGACGCAUUUAGUCAAUUAUUGAAAAGCGAACUUAAUAAACUUAGUUCAUGUUUAGAUCUCACAAAUGGUGACUUGACAAAAAAUUAUCAGCAGGAAGAAGUUAUUAUAGAAAAGUUGUCUCAGGAAUUAGAAUACAUUAAUCUUAUUACGGACUGGCUAAAAACAUUACCUUUGCAAGAUUCGUUUAAUGAAAUAGAUCGUAGAGUUCUUGCAAUUUUAAUAAAUAAAUUAGCGAGAGGCAUAAACGAUUUAGACGAGGGUCUGAUGAGGUCCUCAAAUGAAAACGAAUAUAAUAAAUAUUUAACAGCCCUUAUUAACCAAUUUUUGGAACAAUUACCAAUAUCACAUCAUUAUAGAAGAAAUGUUAAUUCUUUAAUCAAUAACCUACGUAUCAAAUUAGUAGUUCUAAAGAAAACUAAAUCACGUUGUCAAUUUACAAAUCGAAACAGCUCAGCAACAAGCGAAAACAUAACUGAUCAUAACUUAACAAAUUUUAUCGAGGAAUAUAUUCGUAAUAAUAGUAAAGAAAUAUCUGAAGAUGACUUAAAAUUAAAAGCUUGUGUUUUAAGAUUUUUUGAACUAAUAGAUAAAAAGGAAGUAGAAAAUUUAACGGCUCAAAGUAAAUCACAAGUCACUAACCAAGUUAAUAAGACCAAAUCGCAAAAUGAAACCGCUAGAAGAUUUAGUUUUGAAUUAGUAUACGCAAAUGAGAUUUCUCAAUGGCUUAAAAAUUUACCUUUACAACCUCUUUCUGAUAAAGAAUCACAACAUCAAAUAGCUGAUAUGAUAAGCACUUUAGCUGAGAAAAUAUCUGAAGUACAAAUGGAUUAUAAGGAAUUGUCAGAAAUCGACAGUAGCUUAAUAGAUUAUAUCACUAAUUGGAUAACUGCACUACCACUAGAUUCAAGUAAAGAAAUUAUCUUACCUGUUGCAGUUCAACAAUUAUUAAAUAGAAUAGUACGAGUUAAUAUCAAUAAACACCGAUCAUACAAAAAUAAAGAAGACUCCGAAAAAUAUAACGUUUCAAGUAAAAUGUGUAAAUAUUCACAGGCAUGCUAUAAUAAAAAUUUAACAAAUAAUCAUGCAGAUGAUCUUGGAAUUGUUGUUAUCAAUGAAAUAGAAAAAUGGUGUUCAAAUUUACGCAUAGAAUCAGAUAAUGAAGAUACUGAUAGAGAAUUAAAACAAAAUAUAGCUACAAAACUUUAUCAGAAAGUAGGUGAGUUAAAUAUGAAUCCUGAAUACUUUAAUAAUAAUCUACUGUACCAGGAGUUGCUAGGUGAGGAAAUAGAAAAAAUACUUAAUAAUCUUCCUCAAAAUUCUAUGCUUGAAAUUGUUAAAGAUGAAUUGAAGAGACAAUUAUUGAAAGCUGUUACUGACAAGCGAAAUGAAAUUAAAGAGAAGACAUCAGCAAUAGAAUAUAAACAUGACCUAGAAAGAACUAUAGAAAUAUCGAUGCCAUACCCUAUCUCUAUUUAUCAGGAAGAUAGUCCAGGGUUUAAAAUAUAUAAAGAUCGCUUAGCAGCUAUAUUUAUAUUGGAAAAUUUUGACCAUGGUAAUGAUGCUAUGAAAUUAAAAUAUGAAAAUAAAGUAAAAAAUGAAAUAGAUAAAUAUUUUAGAGACGCUCAAAUGAGGAAUUCUAUUCCUCUUACUAAAGAACAAAUUUACAAUGAACUAUACAGUGCUCUUUUCAGUGUUCCUCUUCCUAAUGAAUCUUCAAUCACUGAGGAGGUCGAAGAAAUAAAGACACGAUGUGAAAUAGAUGACUGGUUUGACACAUUGCCUCUGAGAGAAGCUAAUGGUGUAGGAGAGCUUUUGGAGUGGGAUCAAAUUUUAGCUAUGCUAGCUAAGAGACUUCGUGAAAUGGAAAAAUAUAAACAAGGCAGAGAUGAUAAAAUGCAAAAAGAAAUUUCUAAGUGGUUGCUAAGAUUACCUUUAUUACCAGGUGAAGAAACUAACAUUGAUAUUUUUACACGAGACUUACAAAUUAGACUAAAAAGAAGUCAGCAAGACAGAAAAUGUGUGACUCGAGACAUGAAUACAUCACAUCAAACUACGAUAAAUGAUAAAAUUGAAAGUAAAGGAAUUUUGGCGACUAGUCAAGUGACUGCAUCUAGCAAUGACAAAGAUACAUGGUAUACUCCGCCGUCAUAUUCUUUUCCAGCUUAUUGUCGCACAACUGCAACACAGGAUGUUAAAAAACCAGCAGACACUAUCAUAGAAAUCGUAGAAAAUUGGUGUAGACAGCUUCCGAUGCCAGCAAACACUGUGCAAGAAAAAGAAAAUAUUAAAGUCAUGAAGGAAAAUAUUGCUAUUAGAAUAAUUAUGAAAAUAAGUGAACUAAACAUGAACCCUGAAACUUUUGAAGAUGACUUUUUAUAUGACGGUUUGCUUGAUGAUGAAUUAGAAAAUCUAUUGACUACCUUGCCAACAUCCUAUGAAUUUCAAGAAAAUAAAGAUUCUAAAAAAUGUCAACUGAUUAACGCAAUUAAGGGUAUAAAACCCCUUAUAAAAGAAGAAAUGGCAAGAUAUGAGUACAGACGAGAUAUAAAAAAUACAAUAGAGAACAUUUUGAAAACACCUCAGAAUCAAAAUGAUGUCACGAGUAUUGCGCUAGCUUCCUUGACAGAUGAAAUUGCCGAUAGCUAUUUGUUAUACCGCUAUCAUAAACAUGAUAUUGAGGGAAUACAAAUGAAGGAAAAAUUUGAUAAUUCUGUUGAAAUUUUUUUUACAUUAGUGAAGUAUGAAGACGUAUAUACCACAAAGCCGUCUGAUCCACUAAUGAAAAGAAAUCAGCUACUAUGUGAAUUGAAUAAAAUUUCUACUCCUAGUGAAUCAAUAGUUAUAAAAGAACUUAAAGAAAUAGACAUGAAAAUUGAAAUAACAAAAUUUUUCAAUGAGCUUUCCCUGCCUCAGAGUAUGGAUAAGAUAGCCAUUAAAAAUCAGGUCAAAGCUAUUUUGGCUAAACGCUUAACUGAUUUCGAAAAUAUAGGUUACGCAACAGAGAACUGUCAUAAAAUCAAAACAGAAAUAAUAAAGUGUCUAAAAAAAAUCGAUGACAAUAUUGAAACUGAAAAAGUAGAUUCUUUUAUAGAAGCAUUAAAAAGUACGCAGCCGAAUAGAAUUUCGAUUUAUCAAAAUUCUCGUGAAAACAGUCCUAAUUUUAGCACACAUAAUGCUCAAAAGAAAAAUUUGAUGAGCCUUAAUGAAAAACAUGAAGCGUCACUGGGAAUAACACAAAGUAAUUUGUCAAAUCAAAAUAUUAGGAACGAACAGUGGCUUUCUUUUUUACCAGUAACUCCACAAAGUGAAAAUAUGAAAGAAGACAGUCAAGAUACAUAUGACAACUUGAGUAAAUCAAUUACAAGUUAUAAAAAAUCCGACAGCGGACUCGUUUUAACACCUGUGAAUAAAAAUCAACCCAUGCAAAGGCUCCAGACAAAAAAUGACCAAAAUACACUUGAUCAGAAUCCAAUUAGUCGCUACGAUCAAAUUAUUCUUGGUUACGAUAGUGCCAACCAAAAUUAUUCACAGAAGCAAACGUCAAAACCAGAAAUUUCGAAACCAUCUGAAUCUAACUAUUUAAGGGGUUAUAACAUGCAAGAUAUAAAAAAUCAUUCUCCUUCACAAUAUAAAGCAACAUAUCGUCAGCCAAGCGAAUCAAGUUCUAAUCAAGAUUAUAUGCGUCAUCAAGAUGGGAAUCGUAACCAAAUCGAGGCAUCCCCUUUCUUACAGCACCAUAUACAAUCAGGUGAAAUGUUACAUCCUGUACCUAGUCGACAUGUACAAGAUUUAUUUCAGCAAACUCCUGUAAUUAACCUAGAGCCUGAUGAACAUGGUAACUCAGAUAUUUUAAAGCGACAAAAUUCAGCGCCUCGAAGAAGUUUAGCGGGCCCAAGGACUGAGCAAAUUUCUAACGACAUCUCGAUGCCUUUGCCGUCCACCGUAAGAAUUUCACAAGAACCAAUAUCGUAUCCUAAUAUACGUAGGACAUGUAGACGGCCCUCGAUAACAAUUUUCAGCCCUUCGUAUUUAGAACCUGAUGAAAGUCAACAAGAAAUUAGAGCUCAAAUAGAAAAAUCUAGACCUGAAUUUUCCGACGAAGACGACAUUCAAUGUGGGUGCGUUAAAAAAAAUAAACAGUGGCAAAAAUCACAUGGAUCUGUACGUAGGCGGAAAUAUUGUAAAUUCUGUAAUAGAGUCCAUCCGUUUUAUUGUGGCAUGUAUCGC